AUGUCUACAAAGACUUACAAUGCCCUGAUUAGUGAGACUUCAGAGUUGAUCGGCGAAUGCACGCAAGCUGAUGAAGCGAUUUUUGAAGCAGGGCCUUCUGAAAAAUCAACAUUUAAUCCUAUUCUAUCGGAACUACGAGUUAGGUAUACCAUAUUACUUUCUAGGCUGGAUACAGCAUACGAUCAAAUCCUACAGCCUCAAAAGCGAAGGAUUAUCAAGAGACUUCUAGAUGCUUGCCUUGGGCGCCUCUUGGAGAUCAAAUUUGACCUGGUGGAACUAAACCUAUCUGAUUAUACAUAUGAUGACGAUGAGGCUCUGAAAAAGUUGGGAGUAACUCCCAUGAACGCAGAACCCUGUAUUCCACAGUACUUCCUGAGAGAUAGAGAGAAGGAACUAGGAGACCGUCGUCAGUUUAUUCUGGAUAUUCUAAAGAAGUUGGGAUAUGAGCCAACCAAACCAACACCGUUGGUACUGAACGAACAACAAGCGGUCAUCAUCAUCCAGAGCCAUGAACGAGCUAGACAAGGCCGACUGAGGGGACAAUUUAUGAAAGAAAUACGGCUUCUGAAAGAGAAAGGCAGGGAUCAGAAAGGGGAAAUGUCUGCAUCUGCCGCUACUGCUAUACAAAGAGUCUGGAGGGGAUUCAUAGCAAGAAGAGCUACUAGGAAAAGAAAACAAAAAGAACAACUACUUAUUGGAAUGGAACUACCACCAUACCUUGAAUCAAAGGAAAUUAAAAAAGCUGAAAAGAUAAAAGAUUACCGGCGUCAAUUGCAACAACAAUACGACAGUGAAUACAAUGAAUCCUUAAUAGAAACAGAAGAACGACUUCGUGCGAAGCAUUCAACAAAAAUAGCUGAGCGUAUUGGAGAUGAGUUACGACGAUGGAUUACGGAGUAUUACGAACGAACAGGCAAACUACCAGAAUUCCCAUCAGAGGAAGCUGGUGGGAGUCGUGCUAUGUUUAGUAGGCAAGGUACGGGGGUGGAUAGUGAGUUAAGUAAACUAUCGCCAAUAUCUUCUAAAGGAUCAAAACGAAGCAAGGAUAGUAAGGAGAAAAGAAGUAAUAAGACUGAGGAAAUAAAAAACAAAGAUGAAAAUGAGGAUUUGUUUACAUUUAAAUGUACGCCUUCAGUAUUUCUGCAAGAGAUCAUAAGUGCCAACGAAGAGUAUGAAGAUAUUUGGAAAUUUAGAGAUGUUGAAGAUGACAUUCAUGAAAUGUUUGACAAAGAAAUGAUUGAACGUGAAAAGCUGGGAAAAAUUGAGCAAGAAAUAAGAAACGAUGUUGAUGAGAUGAUGAGAGGUGAAUUAGAUUUAAUACAAGCUGCUUUCGAUAGAGACAGAGCUCAUAAAGGCAAAAAGGCGAAAAAGCCACAGAAAAAGGUGCGUCGAGGAGGUAAGAAAAACAAAAAGAAGAAAGAGAAAGACUUAACACCGGAUAGAACUACAGAGUCUCUUUUUGAAGAACUUGUCACAAAUGGUAUCAUUCGCCCUUAUCCACUAGUCAAUAUUGAUGACUAUUUUGGUGAAAAGAAUUUUGUUGGUAAUGAAUUCAGAAAUCAGGAUCAAGAACCAAUUCCAUGCUUAGGAGACAUAAGACAACUAGUUAAAGAAUACUGCAUCUUACCUCUUGGCUCAGAAAACGUAAGGGCAAGGGCACCAUUUGUUAGAUCCGUUCUUAUAACAGGUCCAUCGGGUAGCGGGAAGAAAAUGCUAGUUCAUGCAAUUUGCAGCGAAAUUGGUGCAAUGCUGUUUGAUCUCACACCAGCUAAUAUUGUUGGCAAAUAUCCCGGAAAAUCUGGACUUAUAAUGCUACUUCAUUUAGUUAUGAAGGUAUCAAGACUGUUACAGCCAGCUGUUAUCUGGAUGGAUGACGCUGAAAAGCCCUUUGUCAAAAAAAUACCUAAAACUGACAAAACAGACCCGAAACGACUGAAGAAAGAUCUAGUUAAAAUAAUAAAAGGUAUUUGUGCAGAAGAUAGAGUCAUAUUUAUUGGUACAUCAAGAACACCUUGGGAGGCUGAACAAAAACUGCUAUUUCAGUGCUAUUCCAAAGUUAUACAAAUCCCGAGACCGGAUUAUGGAAGUGUUUCUUUGAUGUGGCGUUCGAAGCUGCAUAGAGCCGGAGCAUUGUCGAAUCGACUUGAUGUAUCAUGCUUAUCAAGAGUAUCCGACUCGUAUACUAUCGGUACACUUCUGUCAGCUUUGGAAUCGGUUCUAACGACGAAAAGAAGACUUCAGUUACGCGUCAGAGCAUUGACAUCUCACGAGGUUGCUGUUCAGCUGAGUUCCUUGGAGCCAGUAUAUGUGGAACAGGAUGCAGCUGCUGAAACCUGGUGGUUGAAAACUCCAAUGGAAAAAAGACGUCUUCGAAUGCUCCAGAAACUGCAAGAGUUGGAAUUAGAAAAUGAAGAGAAAGCUGCAGCCACAAAGGGAAAUGGAAGUAGGAAGCGGGGAGGUGGAUACACGGACUUGUCGGCGCUUGCGCUUAAUUAA